UCUGAUCUUCUAGUUAUGAUCCAGGGAAUUGGGAGUGAUGUUAUCUGUGACAAUAAAAAAUCCUUUUUAGUGAAGAUGAUGUCUGCAAAAGACAUGGCUAAAGUAAUGAUCGUCAUGUUUGCCAUCUGUUUGUUUGCCAAAUCAGAUGGGAAACCUAUUAAGAAGAGAUCUGUGAGUGAAAUACAGCUGAUGCAUAACCUGGGUAAACAUCUGAACUCGAUGGAAAGGGUGGAAUGGCUGCGGAAGAAGCUGCAGGAUGUGCAUAAUUUUGUUGCCCUCGGAACUUCUCUAGCUCACAGAGAUGGUGGCUCCCCGAGACCUCGAAAAAAGGAGGACAAUGCUCCAGUUGAGAGCCAUCAAAAAAGUCUUGGAGAAGCAGACAAAGCUGACGUGGAUGUAUUAAUUAAAGCGAAAUCCCAAUGAAAACAGACCUAUCAGAGCACUGCCCUAGACAGCAUAGGGCAGUGAUAUUACA